GGCAGCUCACCUCAAAAUAAGCCUUUAUAAAGCAUAUUCUGGGAAGGGGUUGCCGCUCGCGGCACAUCACUCGGCGUCGAUGGGACGGUGCGUACUGUCCAUGGAAGGAGGGGGCCCCACGCACGGCUCCACUGUCCUCGGGCAGUGCGCCUCCGCGGAGGACGUGGUCUUCUGGAGGCCCUUCGCGUCAGCCGUUGACCUGCACGGCCACGUGGAUCCGCGUCCCCACAGAGGCAGCGUGGAGGAGGAGGCGCCGCGGCCACCUGACACUUGCUGCAGUCCGACCACGGGCUUGGCUCCGUCGCCCAAGUCGGCGUUCCGUCCGGUCAAGCACCUCCAGUGCGCCUACUGUGGCAUCCCCUUUCUCAACAGCGGAGAGCUCGUGGGCCACCUCAGAGUGCACACAGGCGACCGGCCGUACAAGUGCGAGGCGUGCGAGCGAGCGUUCGCGCGCAACGAGGAGCUGACGCGUCACCGACGCAUCCACAGCGGCGACAAGCCGCACGCGUGCGAUCUGUGCGCCAGGCGGUUCGCCCGCAAAGACCACCUCGGCAAGCAUCGCAAGACGCACCUGGACGAGGCGCACAAGCGCGUGCACGUGUGCAGUCAGCCCGGAUGUGGCCACCGCUACACACGCACCGACGCACUGACCCGCCACCAGUGGACGGCGCACGCUAUCCGCCGCUGCAGCCGCUGGCAGCCACCCGUCAUCUGAAUGCACUCUCUGUGACCUUUGGUGCGCAGAACUAUACGCGAGGGGAUGCUGCAGCCUUUUUUUGUCAUCUUCCGAUGUGAUACGUACCCGUCAUGUUUGUCUCGUGUAUUUUAGCAACUAUUUUGAACUGAUGAUGAUCUUUGCCGUACAGACCGACGGGAAAUGGUAGGUUUUCCAUGUAUGCGGAGCAACAUCGGUCAUUUUUAUUUCCAUCGUUGCUCGCUCUGUUCCUCCUAGCUGCACGCAGUGGCCCUUUCGUCGUGGCGCAGAGGCGGCUCAUAUGCGCCAUGGUAGUCAAAUCACCUGUUUACCCUUUUUGCCUUGCAAAUAGAACUAUCAGCAAACUGAUGGGCUAUUAUUCCAGAGUAAAACAAGCCAGUAAUAUUUUUAAAAAAAGGGAAAAGAAGCAGCCAGGAAAUCUCGCCUGCCACGUCGCCAUAUAUUUUUGUCCAUUUUUCUUGAUGGUUUUGGUUUACCUAGAGGCUCUAACAACUUGAAGUCCGUAUAGAGGAAGGGCCGCUACGGAACACCGUGGCUCCAGGGACGAAAGCCACGCUGCAAUGCCCGUGUACGGAGCUGGUGACUCAGAGGGUCGGUGCGGGCAAAAUGCAGGCCCGCACUCCAGGAGGUGGACCAGUACGAAGGAAUGCGUCAUUGGGAUGGUUGCUAUUGCUUUGAUACCCGAUGCAUAUGGGCACCAUAUAAUCCGCUACACUAGUCGUCAGUGUAAUGAACAUUUUGCGUUGGCCUGAUCAAGUCACAAAAUUGUCCGCCGUGCACAAACUGAUUGGUGUUUUCUUGGAUGUAUGGAGAGAGCGGAUUAUUAUUAACUUCAACUCAACACGCAGUCCUGGAGCGUAUCUGAUGAUUUAUUUAAGACACCCGUACGAGAAAUAAAAGAC